AUAGGGUUGCCACUCCCACACGUGCUGAGAUGUUCCUCUGUGCUUUCCUACGGGCAUCCAUUCACGAGUCUCUUAUUUUUUUACCAUUCGUUUGACAUUCUUUGCGUCUCUUCGGCUUCUCCUGGCUUCGUGGCCAUAAUUCAACGCCUGCCAUGACUGCAGAUACUCCCGCCGCAGUCGUGGAUUUACUAAGCCACAUUGAAAGUGCUCUCGUCUCUGGGGUUUAUGGUCCGUUUCUACCUUUCUCUGCCCUUCAACAAUACUAUGCAAAUCGACUUCGAGUCUUAUACCUCUUACGAUCUCUCGAUCAAAGCCCUACUUGUUAUGGAGCUAUUCAAGAUGGCUAUCCUAUCGUCUUCACGAUAUUAGUUAUCAUUAAUAAGACCGGUUACUUCCGUCAUUUUACCCGUCACACUUUUCUUUCCGACAGGCACUUACCUUUCCGGAAUCACAACGACUGGCCCGAAGACUGCCAACAUUUCUUCAACUCCUUUCGCAACGAGCAAUGGCGCCUCUGCCCUCAAAACUUUGGAAGACAGCAAUUGGACGAUCUUCGGCUCCAAGACGAAGUUGUACUACCAGUAACCCGCAGAGAGCCCUUGGGUCGGCCAGGUAAUUCCACUACAUUCAAGAUUGAGGUGCACCCGGACUACGACAACUUGUCCGAUGAGAAUGGCAAGGGAGUUUCGAGAAGCCAUGUCUACGUGCUCAAAGUCUGCUCCAGCCGGAACCAAGAGUCAUACCUUAAUGAAGUAGAAGCAUACACGCUUCUCAUGCAACAAGAAGACAGAAGGGGUAACAAUGAAAUCGGGGAGAGCAUGGUCAAGCUCUUUGGAUGUUUUAGGCAGCGUGGAGCGUUUCAUCUUCUAUUAGAGUAUGCCGAUCGCGAGACUUUAGAAAGUUUCCUUCAAAAUGUCGAGCCACCACGCACGCAGCAGGAUCUCAUCCUAUUUUGGCGCAAUUUUGGGCAGCUUAUAAAGCCGUUGCAGCGCAUCCACGAGCUCCGAUGUGGCUCUAAGCAAGAAAAAAUCUUCCAGGGGAUCCAUCAAGACAUCAAACCUGCUAAUAUCCUCCUGUCCUCUCGGGGCACUGAGUCCAAGUACGAUGUCAUCUUCAAACUGGCGGACUUCGGACUGCUUCGGUUCGAACCAAAGCUCAGAGCGGGAGAAUUCAUCGAAAGCAGUGAUAGGUGUGGGACGCAGGUAUAUAGCGCUCCGGAAUGCCUGCGAGAUGAUGUGUUUUUGCAAGGUUGUAAACUCUUGAUCGACCCUUCCAUCGACAUUUGGUCUUUAGGAUGCAUCAUCAGCGAAAUAUCGGUGUGGUCUUACCUAGGGAAAAAUGGCCUAGCCGAAUAUGUGGACCUUCGCACUGCCGAAACAAGCAGUGAUUACGACCUAAAAAACGCAGGAUACAGUGGUUGCUUCCACGAUGGCCACCAUACUCUGAGAACUGUACACGAAAUGAAUACUAGGAUUAGAGCGAGUCUCCGCCCUGGAGAUAGUCUCUCUCAUGAGAUUAUGGCAAUUUCCGAUGAUAUGCUGGAGGAAGCUCUCGUCCGCCCAAAGGCCUACAUUGUUCAUAAACGCUUUCAAAAGGCCAUUCGAAACGCAGAGGACCUUUUAAAUCGUCGCCGGAAUCAUCUAAUAUCCACGGGUCCAAUCAAGUUGCCGUAUCCGCCCAUCUUUUGCACCGAUGCUGAGAUAAAUGCUCUUAAGGCGCCCUUACCAAAGCUUCCCCCCGAACAACCAAAAGCUACAUUCCUCACCACAUUUCUCAAACUCCAAAUCGGAGCCGGCAUCUCGCGAACAAGGCACAAGAUAUGUGGCGGCAUGAUUUGCCUAUUUGCACUAGUGCUCGUACGUACGUGGCUUUCCUAAUGGAAUGACUAUCACGACUAGUGCAACUAUCAGCACCUCCCACUUUCAACCAAGACCUUUUUUUUCUUCCCAUAAAUUUCCUUUGUUCGUUUUUCUCAUUUAGUAGGCGUUUACCAGGUCCCCCAACUUCCAGAAAUUUCCAUCCCACCUUUGCGA